AAUUUCAGAUCAAUUUAUGCCACUCAAUCUUUUUCUAGGUUUGGACGUUAUACGGUGGCAGCACUGGAGGCUAAAAUCCAGCAUUAUGAGCGCGAUGUGGACCACUUGAAGAGAGCUCUGGAGCGCAGUGACCAGUACAUCGAAGACAUGGAGUCUCGGAUCAGAAAGUCGGAAAAGAAUUGUUCUGAAGUGCAGGAAGCCAGUGGGAGUAGCAAUGUGGGUUCAGGCAGUCUCACACAGCAUCAGAAAAUCAGCAUGAUGAUAAGAAGUUUGAGUGACAAUGAAAGGGCGUCCAUCUGCAGCAAUCCAGAGACAGAAUGUCGAACAUUUUCCAGAAACCAUAGCUUAGUGUUCAUGCCAUCUGCAGAUCACAGGGAGUUCAGUAAAAAUCCCACAGUUGAAAGGAAAAGUGAAAACCUGGAGACUGCUUCUCCUGACAUUUUGCCCACCACUCCGUCCACUGCUUUCCGUUCACUGACUUUGAGAAGCCCUGGGAUCCGUGAGAAAAAAGUGGCAUUUAAACCUGCGUCUUAUUUGAGAAGACUUGAUUUUGAAGAUUUCCCUAGCCCUGACAAGGCUACCAGCAACACGGAAAAUCAGUUCAUCAGUCUUGACAAAUUCCCCAAAGCCUCAGCUUCAGAUGUUGAUGCUGAUGUUGAGCCCAACGAAUCUGUUCUCUGGGUCGGUUGGGAGAGAUCAAACCCUAAUGAGCAACCGUGCACGAGCACAGACAGCUCAGUGAAAGCCUCGACAUCCAUUCUAGUAGGUAAUGUGUCUGACACUUUCCAGAUGUCCAGUGAAGCUUCCAUGGAUGCAGCUUAUCUGGAUAAAAUAUCAGAGUUGGACUCCAUGAUGCUGGAUGGAGAGAGUUCUAGUAGCAGGGGAUCCCAGCUCUCACUAAACUCCUCUCCUCCAACAGACAUGGACAACACUCUGGUACCAGAACCUCAGCGCUCAGAUCACUCACCACACAUUGAAGCAGGCAGCGCCCUCAGUGACAAGGUGGCUCCGAAAGAUGACGAUGAUGAUGUUUUUGUAGGCCUGGUGUCAGGUAGGGACGCCCUAGUUGGUGUUUCUGGUUGUACAAAGAGCAGAGUUCCCUCCCAGACUGAAGAACUGUCUUUUGAUUUGCUGUUUGAUACGCCAGAAGAGAACCAGGCUGGUCCCUCAGACUCGCUGGGUCCAGUGAGCAAAGACGUAAACCAUGAUCCUGUAAACACCUCAUCUUCGUCCUCCAUCGCCAUUUGCAAUGGGAAACCUGCAAACACAGCACCAGACAGACACACACUCAUCAGCCAGGCGGCAAAGAGAAAGUCUCACAGUCCUUUUAGCACCAGUAGCCCCACCAAACAUUCAAAGCUCAUGUGAAAGGUUUCCAAAUACGUGUUUGUUGCACAUGCUUCACAUUAAACAGAAAUUAUAACAGUCGAACCUGAGUUGUUUGGUGACAAAUAAUAAAAAGAAAAAUUAGAUAUUCAAUGUCUGUUUUUGUAAGCUGUCUUCUGGAUGUGUCAUCCAUUUGUAGGUCUGAGAAGGUUUGACAGUAGUUUGUUUUGUUUUUUUUGUAGUAUGUUGUUUUAAGCGCAAAGACAUCUACUAAACCUGUAUGUCUCCAACUUUG